AUGAGUAAUAAUAGAAAUAUUGUUCAGUCAUCUUACUUAACAGCACCUUAAUAGCAACAAUAGUUUUAAUAAUAGUAGCAGUAUUAGUCUUACGUUAACUAGCCUGAUAUGUCCAAUAUGCAUCAUACAAUUGCUACAAGAAUGUCUGAUGAGGAAUCUGAUGAAGAAGAAGAUUAAAUAAACAUUGAUUAAAUUACUUAUAAUUCUCUUAUUAUAGAAGCUUACAAUGCUUUUUAAAGAAGAGAUUUAAAGGUUUCCAUUGAUUUUUAUCUUAAAGCUCUAGGUGAAGCUGAGAAAUAUUAAAAUAUAGAAAGAAUAUCUUUAAUUAAAUCUAACUUAGCUGUUAUUUAUUUCCAUAGUUGCUAAUAUAAAUAAGCAGAAUAAUAAUUAAAAGAAGCUGCUGAUUUACUUAAAUAAGGUUCUUAGCGCUCAGACCAUAGGUCAGCUUUGCAAGUAAAAGUAUAUGCAAAUUUGGCAAUUGUAAAUAUAAUUUUAAAUAAAUUUGAUGAGGCUAUUUAAGCUAACGAUGAAGCGAUGAACACUAUUUAUUCAAGCAAGGACAUUUAGAAAAGAGAUCUUUUAGAGGAACUUGUUUAUCUUUAUUUCAGAUUUUUAAGCUUCGAAAGUAUGGGAAACGGAAUAUUUGAUAAUGCUGAAUUUAAAUAUGAUGAACCUACUCUUGCAUGCUUUUAUUCUAGUAUGGCACUUAAUAGAGAGCUUUGCAAUGAUAAUUAGGCCGCCUUAACUUACCAUGAGAAAGCUUUGAAGAUGUGGGAAUAAAUUAAUGAUCCUGGUUUUGCUUUGUUAACAUUAAAGCACAUAAUUUAGAUAAGCUAACAAUAUUCUGACCAACAAAAUAUAGUUUAAUACUAAAAUAGAAUGAAUGAAUUACUCAAACACCCAGAUUUCAAAGGAGUUAAUCCAGAUACAUUGUUUAAAAAAUUUGAAGAGAAAAUAAAGUGUGCCAAAUAAAUAACAUCAGUUCUUAAAAGAACAGAAUAAUAAUCUGUAAAAUAAUUCCAAAGCUAAGUUAAUAAAAGUAUACUGAAAAGUAAUAUUGGUGAUAUUCUAAAUGAGUAUGGAGAGCCACUUUGGAAGUAAGCUUUAAGAUUAAGAUUAUGCACAUCAAUAUCAUACAGUAGAUCUCUUCUGAAAGAUGAAAAAAUUGAUAAAAAAUAAAGAGAAGCAAUAAGCUUAGGUAUGGAGUAGAUGUAAAAGACUAUAUUUAUGUUGAAAAACGAAAAGCACCCACUUGUAGAAAAAUAAUUAAUGUAAAUGCCUUUCACAAAAACAGCCAUAGAUAAUCUAAAAGCAGCAGUUAACAGACUCAAAAAAAUGAUUCUAACAGUCACUUAUUUAGAAGCAUUCGAUAAACUCUAAGACUACAUGAUUGACAAGUCUAGAAUGUCGUAAGCUUUCAAACAAUAAAAAAGAGUAGAUACUCUCAUAAAUAAUGCAUACAAAUAUGUAAUGGUUGGAGAUUACCUACUUAAAUGCAACAAAACUACAAACGGAAGACUUUAAAAAUUCUUCUAACUUGCUCCUGAUUCGACUCUCAGGUGGACUUCUAGAGAAAGAAAUAUCAAUAAAAAAGAUAAAAUUUAAUAUUAUUGCAUGCAAGACGUAAAGGGUGUUUUAUAUGGAAAGCAUACAGAUGUGCUACAAAAAUCUUUUAAUAAAAAAUUAGAACCUUGGCUUUGUUUUUCAUUAGUUCUCAAGUCAAGAACUUUAGAUUUUUAUUGUGAAAAGGAUUAAAUAAAUAGAUGGCUAUUUGCUCUCUCAGAGGAAACAAAAAGAAAGAAUCCAACUGCUUUUGUUCUUAAGCCAUCAUAAGUUCUAUGGAGAAAAAUGAAAAUGAUAUUAUACUAUCAUUUUGUUGAUCCUCAUCUUACCUCAAAAGAAAGAAAAAUUAAACAUUCUUUCGUAAAAGCCAUCAUAGCAUUUAAUAGAAACGGAUAAAAGCUGCCUACUGAAAAAGAUAAAAAGAAAAAAUGA